AUGAAAAGCUCAGCUCUCGUUUUCUUUGCAGCUCUGCUAAGCCAUUCGAUGCCUAUCCUUGCUUUAACACAUUAUAACUGUAGAGAAAACUAUAUUCCUGUGCAAUCAGUAAAGAGAAGAGUUGAAGAAAGAUAUAAUGAUUUGAUAGAACGAGGUUACGUGCCUAGUCAACACGAAGAAGGGACUGAGUUUGGUCGAACGGUCUACAGUGCAAUUUCUGCAACAAGCUCAGAUGAUAGACUCGAAGUCACAAUAUCAUUUGAUAAAAAUCAAAGGGUCCUUUCGGUCAACGGUUACCUAUCGGGCUUAAGAUUUAUUUGUCCCGGAGUCCAUAUUGACAUUGAUCUUGACUCAUAG